CAGGCUGCAGUCCCCAGACAGGCCCUCCGCCUGGUUCAGCGUCCUAUUCUGCGUUCUUGUUGGUAGCGCCACGAGCCCACGUGUGCCCUGCGUGGACCUUCGGCCCCACCCCGGCGUCCAUUUCUUCAUUCAUAAAAUAGGAGCUGAGCUUGGGCCCAUCUCCUCAUUCCCCAAGUUCCCAAGCAUGUUGGAAACAGAAAAACUCAGAAAGCCCCCCAAAAGACGUGUAUCCUCAGGGGGCACAGGACAGGAGCCCCCCGUGUGUGCUGAAUCCCCUCGGUCCAGACCCAAGAGCCCAGCUGCCUCCCUGGCGCCUCUCGACUCCAGGUUCACCACCAGAGCCACAAACACCUAUCGCGGAUGCGCCAGGGGUGGCCUGCCGGAGACUGAGGGCACCCCCAAGUGUGCAGACUUAAAGGAGAAGGCCGGCAGUGACCACAGGAGGAGGGUCAGACCCCCUGGCUCCCGAAAGCGGAGUGAGAGGGCUCCAUCCCUGCAGAGCAGCAGCUGGGCAGGCCCAUCACCUGCUCGGGCUCUCCUGGAGGAGCAGGGAGCAGGUGCCCUGGGCCUGCCGGGCUGCAGGGGGAAGAGAAAGGCCUGCUCCCGGGGGAGGUCCAGCGUGUGCCCAGUGGCACCCCCGGCACAGCGCCAGGCCAGCCCUGGGCAUUGCAAGCCGAAGGGAGAUUGCAGGCGCUGCAGCCUGCAGUCUGAGCAGCCUGAGGAGGUGUCCAAGCAGAAGGCGCGUGGACAGAGAGGGAAGGGGGAGCCGGCGAGGAAGAGGCGGAGGGACCCUGAGCUUGUCUCUGGCCAGGUCCCCUCUGUCCCCGAACUGGUCCCUGAUAUCGGCUCACCCAGGGCGGAGGUGGAACCGCCCAGUGAGAGCGAGAAGGUGAGGCGCGUGGACAUCCUCAUCACCCACCUGACGAGGGAGCUGCGGUGCCUCAAGAAGUGGAAGAAAAGGCAGCUGCUCCCCGGGGUGGGGGAGUCGGAGCUCCUGCUGAGCCUGCAGAAGGCGCCCGGCAGGAAGAAGCGGGCCAGGACCAUCAAGGCGAAGGCUCCUCCUGGGCCUCCCCUGGGCCCCUUGGACACCACCGGCACAGCACCCAAGUUGGUGGUCAAGAGCGAGGACGCCUGGCCCCCGGCUCCCGCCAGCCUCAGGCAGGGCCAGACACCAGGCCUCGUCCGGCCCUUGUCAGGCAAGCGGAGGAAGGAGAGAAGGCCAGGUGCAGGCCACCCAGGGUGGGCAGCGGAGGGAAAGCGGAAGGGCUGUUCCCCGGGUGCUGCCACCCUUGCUCCCGAGGGACUCCCGUGCCCCGGACACUGCCCGGGUGCCUCGCCCUGGGAAGACUGCGCCGGGCAGCUGGCCGCGGGCAGGCCUGGGCAGCUGGCCCUGGCUCCACUGCCUCUACUGCCCCCUGCGGGAGAUGAGGCUGCCCCUUCCCCCGCGGCAGUCGGGGGGGACCAGGGAGACAGCUACGCCCCCAACCAGCCCCGGGCGCGGGCCUGGAACCAGAGCAUCGCGGAGCUGCUGUGCAGCCUGGCGCUGCCGCUGCCCUUCCUCGCCUCCCCACCCUUCCGGAGGUUCAUGGCCCAGGUCGACCCCUGCUACCACCUGCCGCCGCCAGCCUUCUUCUCCGACAAGGCCUUGCCGCUGCUGCGCGAGGCCGUGAGCGAGCAGGUGCUGCAGGCGCUGCCCUGGGCCGAGGGCGGCCGGCUGCACCUCACCGUGGCCGUGGCCGUGGCCGCGGGAGAGGACUACAUGGCCGUCACCGCCCACUGGGGAGCCAUCCAGCCCGGCAGCCAGCAGGUGGGGUCCGGGCGCCCCAGGCAGCGUGCGGUGCUGUGGGUCCAGGGCCUGCCCCUGGCGCACACUGCGGAGGACCGGCCGCGGGAGCUGCGGGAGCAGGUGGGGCUGUGGCUGGGCCGCGGCUCCCUCCAGCCCGGCUUCCUGGUGUCGGGCGGCUGCCCUAGCUUGGAGCAGGCCAUGAAGACCGAGGGCUACACCCUCAUCCCUUGCUUCGCCCACUGCCUGGACGCGCUGGUCAAAAGCUUCCUGUGUCACCAUCACAGCGUCCAGAUCAUCCUGGGCACGGCGCAGGCUAUCUGCCGCCACUUCCAGGGCUCCGUGGAGGCCCGGGGGCUCCUGGCCCAGCUGCAGCGGCAGUGUGGCCUCCCGGCCGCCCAGCCCUUCGGGGAGCUCUCCGAGCACUGGCUGUCCACCCACCGCCUGCUGGAGUGGCUGGUGGAGCAGCAGCAGCCUCUGAAGGCGUACGAGGAACAGCAGUGGCCCGACAAGGGGGGCGCGGCCCUGUCGGCUUCCUUUUGGAGCCUGGCGAGUGGGCUGGUCAGGCUGCUGCAGCCCUUCCGGGUGGCAGUGCAGGAGUCGAGUGUGGUGCAGGCCUCUCUGAGCCAGGUGCUGCCCCAGUUGCGCUACCUGCACAUCUUCCUGGAGCAGGUGCGCAGGCACUUUGAGGAGCAGGGCGGCGGGGCCAUGGGGGCCGCCAUCCGGCUGACGGAGGGGCUGGCCCUGCAGCUGUCCACUGACCCCCAGCUCACUGAGCUCUUCUACCGCGAGGAGCUGGUGCUGGCCACUCUGCUGGACCCCCGCUUCAAGGGGAAGAUGAGUGCCAUCCUGCCCGCGGGGUCGGACAUCGACCACUGGAAGCACGUCCUGGUGUACAAGGUGAAGGAGAUCAUGGUGGCCACCUCCCCUCUGCCCAUCGUUCCUCCCCUGCAGAGCCCUGGUGCCCUGGGGCUGGGUGGCGGAACAGCCAGCAGUCACCAGGCCGAGGGAAGGGGCCUGGAGCUGGUGCCUAGCAGCUCUUUGCUGCAAGGCCAGAAGAGGAGAAGCUUGCUGGAGCAGCUGGAGAGUGUGGGGCUGCUGGCGUCCAAGAGGAGCGAAGCCUCGCUGUCCACUGAGGACCACCCAGCCAGCAUCAUGGUCAAGGACUACCUGCUUGAGGACGUGACGGUUGGGGCGCAGGAGGACCCCCUGGCUUACUGGGAGAAGCGGCGGGACGUCUGGCCUGCCCUGGCCCAGCUGGCCACCCUCUACCUGUCCUGCCCCCCCACGGGUGCCUUCUCCAGGAAUGUCCUGGCUGCCCUGGACAGUCCCGCCAUCCAGGAGCACAGCGCCCCCCUCCCCGUGGAGACGGUGGAGCACCUCCUGUUCUUGAAGACCAACCUGGAGAACUUCCCCAGCUACACCCCCCUGCCCCUCAUCUGCCCCAGUGGGGACCUGGCUGGGGGGAGGGCGGUGUAGACGGGGGAGUCUGACCUCAGGCCUGAGCCCUCAAAGCGGCCAGCAGGAGCUGACGGCAGGAAAAGCAGUGCUUGUGGGGGGAGCAUCUCACUUCUCGUCGCCCCGCCGUUCUGCUUUUAGGGGGAUGUCAUUUCCUACCCGCCUCGGCUGUGCUCUGCCGCUCGAGCCUGGCAGAGGCCCUCCGCUUGCGGGUGACCGGCUACGUGGGGCUUGUGACCCGCGAGGUUCCUGUGACAUUGGGUGUUGGGGGCUUGCGUGCCAUUUUCCAUGUGGGUCGGAGGUGCGUACCCUGAAGAGGUCUGCCUUCUCCGAGGGCCCCGGGCAAGGGGGGAGUGGACCCCAGGUGGAGGUGGACACGGCUGUCAGGGCCAAGCCCUUCCUUCCAGCAGUGGAGAGUGAAAGUCAGCAAAUGCACACGCUUGUGCGCACGGCUGCACACACAGACCCGUCUUCUCCAGGCUAGUACCUUGCGUGGGUCCCACAGUGACCAGAGGCCUGACGGAGGGGGCUGCGCAGCUCACAAGGAGUGGUGGGGAGCUGAGGUACCCCAUCGUUAGUGACUGGGCUGACUACUGGAGCCUCAGAAAGAACUCAGGUUACUGGUCCCAGGAGGGUGCCGCAGUGCCCGUGGGCUAGAGUGCGGAGCCUGUGCAGGGCACCCAGGGCCUCGGGGGCCAGGCAGGAAGAAGACACUGGAAUUCAGAGCUGGCCCCUCACGCCGCAAAACUAGUGUCUUGGUCCCCCUGAGUGACCGGGAGACACGGCCCACAGGGACGGCAGGUGGAGGUAGGACAAGGCCUUCAGGGCCCACUUCCGCUUGGCAGGCCACGGAGGGGAUCCUGGAGGCCUUCCCUGCCUCCCCAAGGGGUACGGUGCCCCCUGCUUAAACCCUGGCUCUUGGCGGCUUGGCCAGCUCCCUGCACCCGGGGCUGCUUCCUGUCAGGUCUGGCAGCCGCACCUGGGCCAGCACUGCCCCACGGCCACGGGACUCGGAGCCUCUCUGCCUCGGCCGGCUAGUCCCAUGGAGCUGGCCGUCCAGACUUCUCGAUGCCGCCGUGCAGCAUUGGUUCUGUGCGUGCCGCGCGGGCUCUGGCAGCACUGCCUCUCACGCCUCAGGGCUCCACUUUCCCUUCCCGCCCUGAACCUCAGGUUGCUCGGCUAGGACCCCAGGCUGAGCCCCCGGGCCACCCACCCAGCUGCAGCCCCUGGAAACCUGGGCGUUCAUUGCCAGUGUUUUUUUUUAAAAAAGUCAGGAACAUUUUCAAGUGACUAAAGCGAGUUGGUGCCUGCACAGGGCCCUCCCGGGAAGGAGGCCGGUGGCUAACGCGGUGACCUGUUAUCUGUUCAAGCAGAACUUAAAUGUUUGUAAAAGAAACGCUGAACAGCAGUAAGGACAGAUCACAAGUCAUCGCGGAGAUGGACGUAAGGUUUUGCUUCUCACGUCAGUUUGGAAGAUGGAAUUGGCCACUUGGACGUGAAUUCCCUCCAGUGUGGCUGGAUGCCUGGCCCCGCUCCCUGUUGGGGGGCUCUGGCCGCCUGCACGUGGACGUGGGUCCUCAGGGCUUACUGGCCGGUCUAGAUCCCCGACCCCAAGGGAGCAGCUGCGGGAGGUCGGCCUCUGACUGUUGAAUUCUCUCCUUAGGGACCUG